CGCGCCUGCCCGGGGCCGCAGACGGCGCGCCGCGCAGCCCAGUCGAGCCUCGCGGGGCCGCCGCCAGCCCUGCCGGCCGCCUCCCCGAGCCUCCCGGGGCCGCCCGGCCUGCCACUCCCGGGGCCCGCAGACAGCUCCGCAGGAACCGGCGGGUGCUCUGUGCUCUCCGCCGCCGCGCGCGGAGUUUCCGCCGCCAAGAGAGAACGAGAGGGAGAUGGCGUGGCGGAGCGAAAGCCCGGCGGGUCGAGGGCGGGUCGGGCCUCGCGGGCGCCGGGGCAGCGCCCGGAGCUCGGCCGUUGGGCUCGCCCGUCCCCCGGCUGUGGCCGGGCCUCGCUGCUUUGCGAGCCUCUCCACCCUGUUCUAGGGCUCUGAAGGCCACGGGCAUGAUGCUUCGGGUCCUGGUGGCGGCUGUCCUCCCCGCCAUGCUGCUGGCCGCGCCACCACCCAUCAACAAGCUGGCACUGUUCCCGGACAAGAGUGCCUGGUGCGAGGCCAAGAACAUAACCCAGAUCGUGGGGCACAGCGGUUGUGAGGCCAAGUCCAUCCAGAACAGGGCGUGUCUGGGACAGUGCUUCAGCUACAGCGUUCCCAACACCUUCCCACAGUCUACAGAAUCCCUGGUGCACUGCGACUCCUGCAUGCCAGCCCAGUCCAUGUGGGAGAUUGUAACCUUGGAGUGCCCUGGCCAUGAGGAGGUGCCCAGGGUGGAUAAGCUGGUGGAGAAGAUCCUGCACUGCAGCUGCCAGGCGUGUGGCAAGGAGCCUAGUCACGAGGGGCUGAGUGUCUACGUGCAGGGCGAGGACGGGCUGGGCUCCCAGCCGGGCACUCAUCCCCACCCCCAUCCUCACCCCCACCCUGAUGGGCAGACCCCUGAGCCCGAGGAACCCCCGGGGGGCCCCCACACUGAGGAAGAGGGGGCUGAGGACUGAGGCCCCUGACUCUUCCUCCCCUCUCGUCCCCUGUGGAAUUCUGGGGGAAGUGUUGGGGGGAGAGGCUGAAGCCCCCCCUUUGGCACUGGAUGGACUUGGAUUCAGACUUGGACUUGGAGUGCUUCCCGGUUGCCAUGGAGAUCUGAAGGGAGGGGUUGGAGCCAAGCUGCACAAUUUAAUAUAUUCAAGAGUCGGGGGAGGAAGCAGAGGUCUUCAGGGUUCUUUUUCGGAGGGGGGUGGUUUUCUUCCUUUUUGCCUCCUAGAGAUGAGCCUUUAGGAGGGGGAGGAAGUUGGCUAAGCUGCUGAGGUGGCGUUGAGGCCAUCCAAAAUGGCAGGAGCCAGGCUAAGGCCCACGCAGCCUCUGGUGGGGCAGGGCCCCUGGGGUGCAGAUAGUGAAGCUGGGCCCUGAGCUGAGCGCGGGCACCUUGCCAGCAGCACCCCGAGGGAGGGGCUGGGUCCAGGCUAGGAAGCAGGGAGCUCUAGUUCCCCAGAGGCCUCCCACCCCACUGCCAUCCCCGGGGAAGCUUCUCCCAGUGUCACUGAAGUGGCCCUCCCUCCAUGGUUGGGAGUCAGGCCUGGGCAGGACCUGCUGACUCGUGGCCCUGGAGCUGGGGGCCGGCCCUUUGGGCUUCUGGCUUCCUUGGCUUUCGACGGGAUGGAGGGAGACAAGGGAGGAGCCUUUCUGGGCCUGUGGGGGGGGAGCACUGAUCCCCCAGACCAUCAUCACAGAAGAGCAUCCCUCCCUCUUCUUCUCUGAGGUCUUAGUACCUCCCUCUGUCACCUACGUCCUAGGCCCCUCAGAAAGCUGAUGGAGCCAGUCUCCACCUGUUAGGGGAACUCUCUAAAUAUCUGGUGGUGGGGAGGGGUUUCCCUUACUCAGAGGUUCCAUGGAGGGACCUGCGUGGGACGGACUCUGGCUGAGCCUCAAGGAACAAGGAAGAGGAGGAGUGAGGGCUCCUGUAGGCGGCCAGUGUUUCCUGCAGCUCUCUAGCUGCCCGAUCCCACCGGCCUUCCCCCUCCCAGCAGCACUUUAACCCUAGAGGGGGUGGGGGGCCGGGUGGGGACAGGGCAGGACAGAAUACCCUUCAGUACCCAGAACUGCCUGUGUCUGCUCUUCUGUCCCCAGGGUGGUUAGCAGCCCCAGCAACCCCCUGCUUGGGGGUGCCCCAGCCCUCAUAGCUGUCCUGACAAGAGCUUCUGGAGCUUGUAACCAGUAGAUUGUCUCCCUGACGGACCCUGAGUUUUCUCAUGAAUAAAUUCGUUCAAUGCCUGA